AUGAGAAAAAAGAGAGUAAUAAUACAUGUUCCAAUUUAUAAAAAAGAGCAUAAACAUCAUCAUACCAUUUAUAAAAAUGUACACCACCAUCAUAAACCAAUAAUAAAGAAAAAAGAAGAAACUAUACACGAAGAUUAUAAAAAGCCAGAAAUUGUAAAGAAACCCGAAGAACAUAAGAAAGAAAAUAAGGAAGAACAUAAGGAAGAAUAUAAGGAAGAACAUAAAAAACCAAAGAUUAAGCAUGAAGAUAAACAGGAAGAUGAUGAUGAAUAUUUAUAUAAUGAUGAAAUUGAACAACACAGUUUACAUGAUCAUGACGGUGAUGAUUUACAUGAUUUUGAUGAUGACAGUGAAAUUGAAAUAGAAUAUUAA